ACUUAACGGAUCCUAGGUCCUAAACCGCGUUAAGCUUUUCCUUCCUUUUCCCCAAUCCCUUUUCUCAGAAACCAAACAAGACUUUAAAAUCAGAGAGCAGAUCUGAUAAACUCGGAGUGGUACUGGUCGAUGCUUUGAGCUCCUCCUUAAUUCUCUUAUAAAAUCUCCAUCAUCAUCUCAAACACAGUCAAAAAAUCAAAAUUAAAAAAAAUGCACGGACAGCCUCGCAAACCUCCAAAACCAGAGGACGAAGCAGCUUCAGCAGCUAAAGCUGAAAAGCUUCGCAAUCUCCAAUCUCAGUUCCUCUGUUUCCACCACAACAACAUUUAUUCUAAGGAAGCUCUAGAGGUAAACGCGAAGCUUCUAGAAAUCAAUCCUGAGUACUACACGGCUUGGAACUAUAGGAAACUCGCCGUCGAGCACCGUCUCACUCAGUCCGAGUCUGAUCCUGACUCUGACUCUGACUCGGUCAAUUCCAUUCUCAAUGUAGAACUCAAAGUGGUAGAGAGUGCAUUGAGGCAGAACUUUAAGUCUUACGGAGCGUGGCACCAUCGAAAAUGGGUGCUAGGCAAGGGGCAAUCAUCUUUAGAUCACGAAUUGCGUCUUCUAGAUCGGUUUCAAAAGGCUGAUUCUCGGAACUUUCAUGCAUGGAAUUACCGGAGAUUUGUGGCAUCAUUGUUGAACAUAUCAGAGGUGGACGAAUUACAGUAUACAACGGAUAUGAUAAAUAAAAAUUUCAGCAAUUAUUCUGCGUGGCACAAUCGUAGUGUACUUCUGUCUAAUUUGCUGAAAAAAAAGGCUCAAGGUUUUUUCCCAAAAGAGAAGGUCUUGAAUGAGGAGUACGAGCUCGUACACCAAGCACUUUUCACAGACCCAGAUGAUCAAAGUGGUUGGUUUUAUCAUCUUUGGCUUCUUGAGCAAACUGUGAAAGAUGAUGCUCCUCUACUUGUUUCUUCUUGGCCUGCUCAUGAUUCUAAUCUAAUUCUAUUGGGAGAUAGCUGCCUGGAAGACUCUGCUUUGUCUCCAUUCAAUACUUUCCAUUCUGAGUUGGGAACAAUUCCACUUGUUGUCUAUUUUAAUAAAGCUGUUGAAGGUGUAAAUUCAUCUACAAUAUCUGUUGAAUCUUUGCUCAACACGAAAGGAGAACUUACUUGGAAACCUCUUUCAACAAACAAUUCCCAGACUGCCCAAGUUUGGGUUACCUAUCUCAAUUAUCCCGAUAUAAAGCUCCAUUCUUCAGAAUUUUACCCCGUAGAGGUUAGCGUUGGACAUGCCCAAGGAAUCAUUUCCUCAAGUGGUUUCCACUAUAGCCAUCCUUCCAGGUUUGCCUUUAAAGUGUUUGUACGGCCUUUUGAAAAAGACCUUGCUGGGCAUGGUGUAGAGAUGGUCUCAUGGAGAGAGGAUAAUUUUCUUUUAUAUGAAUCACGUUCUCAGGAAUCAAAUCCAAUUUUAUCUUUGGAUCAACUAAAUAUUAAGGAUGACCAUGAGGAAUCAUCCUCAGAGUGGCGUGCUGAGACUAUAGCUAAUGAAAUAGCUCUCUUCCGGGAAUUGUUGUCAGAGAUUAACUGUAAAAUUGGAAAGCUUACGCUUGCAAGAUUGUUGAUUGCUCAUGACACGAUGCUGUCUCCAAUUGCAAACAAAAUGGUCCAUUCUGAAGAAGUUAUUGAACUUUAUAGUGACUUAAUAAAGUUGGAUUCACCACAUUCUCAAUACUACAAGGAUGAACGCAGCUCAGUUUUAUUGCAGCAGAUAACUUCCAAUAGGGAGACUUUGCUGAGGUACUGCUUUCGUCAUGGAGAUAGGACUUCAUCAAUUUUGGGCAAUUCUAUCUGUUUACGACUCAAUAAUUUAUCAUUGUCGCGGAUGGGUUCCAUUGAGAAGUUACUAUGGGUCCAAAUGCUAGACCUGAGCCACAAUGAACUUCGAUCAAUUGAAGGAUUGGAGGCUAUGCAGCUUCUUUCUUGCUUAAAUCUAAGUAACAAUAAACUCAGUAGUUUUACUGCUCUGGGACCCUUGAGACUGCUGAAGUCACUUAAAGCGUUGGAUAUUUCAUGCAACGAGAUAGGUUCCCACUCGAUUGACACAACAAGGUAUCUUUGCUCUUCUCCUUUAUCUCAUGCAGAAGAAAUUGAUUGGAUUCCUGAUGAAACGGUGACUGGUGAUGUUAACCUGACAGAUUAUUGGGAAGCUUUUCUAAUAUUUAAAGACUUGAAUUUGACACAGUCAGAUAUUGUGGGGAAUGCAAUUGCUGAUGAAAAAUUUAAAUCAUUUUUGGUCAAGAUUGUUCCUACACUUAAGUGGCUGGAUGGUCAAGAAUUGCAAUUGCAUUAACCUUAAAUUCUUUUUCUAUCUGUAAAAUGAGGUAUACCAUACUGUAAUUUGUUGGAGAACCAUUUACUUUGGUAUACAAAUCCCGGGAUUUAUCAAGGGAUGCAACAAUGUAAUCUGUAUGCAAGCUUUUGGUAUGUUUGGCU